AAUUCCUAGAUGGGAAUGAUGAGCAACCCUAGCCCUUAUGGCCAGCCAUAUAGUCAGAAUACUGGGCAGCAGAUUGGAGCCAGUGGACUUGGGCCUCAGAUGCAAAAUAAAGCUGGACUGCAGAAUAGCUUACCACAGUUUCCAAUGGACAAGAAGCCAGUUCCUGGGGCAGGAAUGCCUAACAUGGGCCAACAGCAGGCUCCCCAAGUUCAGCAAGCUGGGAUGGGGCCAGCAGCUUCUCAAGGAAUGGGGUCUGGAGCACCAACAGCGGAUCCAGAAAAACGCAAACUCAUUCAGCAGCAACUCGUUCUCCUCUUGCACGCUCAUAAGUGUCAGCGGCGAGAACAGGCCAACGGGGAGGUGCGACAGUGCAACCUCCCUCAUUGCCGAACCAUGAAGAAUGUCCUGAACCAUAUGACACAUUGUCAGGCGGGCAAAUCUUGCCAGGUGGCACAUUGCGCAUCUUCCCGACAAAUCAUCUCGCACUGGAAGAAUUGUACGAGACAUGACUGUCCUGUAUGUUUGCCUCUCAAAAAUGCUGGGGACAAAAGAAAUCAACAAUCGCUGCUGGGCGGAGCUGCAGUAGGACUUGCAAAUACUGGCUCUGUGGGUGUGGGGCAGCAGACAACGCCCAGCAUAAACACUACCAGUCAGAUAGACCCCAGCUCCAUUGAGAGAGCCUACGCAGCCCUCGGACUGACCUAUCAAGGGAACCAGAUGCAGACACAGCCCCAGGCGCAAGUGAAGAAUCAGCAACAAGGACAGUCACCCCAGGGUCUGCGCCCUAUGAAUCCUAUGAUUGGUGUCUACCUUCUGCCACAAAACUCUGGAGCGGAUGGAGGAGGAAGGUGAUGACGAUGAGGACGAUGAUGAAUUGGACAUCUUUGGGGGUUAUGAGAGCUUCCAGGGCUACAACAGCAGCAUGGGCAGUGACAGCAGCUCCUGUCUGGAUGAAUCUAGUGAUGAUGAGGCGGCAGACCGGGAAGCUGGAGAGCUUCCGACCUCUCCUGUGCACCAGCUGUCCACAAGCCGACUCACAGAGGACAGCGGCUCAGAGCCAGCUGUGUGCGAGAUGUGUGGGAUUGUGGGCACCAGGGAGGCUUUCUUUUCCAAGACCAAACGUUUCUGCAGUGUCUCCUGCUCCAGAAGCUACUCGUCAAACUCCAAGAAGGCCAGCAUCCUGGCCAGACUGCAGGGGAAGCCACCAACGAAGAAAGCUAAAGUUCUGCAUAAGGCAGCCUGGUCAGCCAAGAUCGGGGCCUUCCUCCAUUCUCAAGGCACAGGGCAGCUGGCAGAUGGGACACUGACAGGCCAGGAUGCACUCGUAUUGGGCUUUGACUGGGGAAAGUACCUGCAGGAGCACGGCUUCAAGGCAGCACCUGUCAGCUGCUUCAAACACGUGCCGCUCUUUGAUCAGUGGGAUGAUGUGGUGAAAGGUAUGAAAGUGGAAGUGCUGAACAGUGACGCCGUGCUCCCCAGCCGUGUGUACUGGAUUGCAUCUGUCAUCCAGACUGUAGGGUACAGGGCCCUUCUACGAUAUGAGGGCUUUGAGAAUGAUGCUGGGCAUGACUUCUGGUGCAAUUUGGGCACAGUGGAUAUUCACCCUAUUGGCUGGUGUGCCAUCAACAGCAAAAUCCUGGUACCACCACAAACUAUCCAUGCCAAGUACACUGACUGGAGAAGUUAUCUCAUGAAAAAGCUGGUGGGAGCCAGGACCAUCCCAGUGGAUUUCCACAUCAAGAUGGCAGAGAGCAUGAAGUACCCGUUCCGGCAGGGCAUGCGGGUGGAGGUGGUGGAUAAGAACCAUGUGUCCCGGACACGCAUGGCGGUGGUGGACACGGUGAUUGGGGGCAGACUGAGACUCCUCUAUGAGGAUGGCGACAGUGAUGAUGACUUCUGGUGCCACAUGUGGAGUCCCCUUAUCCAUCCUGUGGGCUGGUCACGGAGAGUGGGCCACAGCAUGAAGAAAACAGAGGAAAAACGCAGUGACAUGGCAAAUCAUCCCACCUUCCGGAAGAUUUACUGUGAUGCUGUCCCCUAUCUGUUUAAGAAGGUACGAGCUGUCUAUGCUGAAGGUGGGUGGUUUGAGGAAGGCAUGAAACUGGAGGCCAUUGACCCCCUGAAUCUGGGCAACAUUUGUGUGGCUACUGUUUGCAAGGUCCUCUUGGAUGGGUAUCUCAUGAUCAGCAUUGAUGGAGCCACAUCUGCUGAUGGCUCUGACUGGUUCUGCUAUCAUGCCUCCUCACACGCCAUCUUCCCUGUCAACUUCUGCCAGAAGAACAGCAUCGAUCUGACCCCUCCAAAAGGGCAAGAUGCAAAGACCUUCAGCUGGGAGAGUUACCUGGAAAAGACUAAGUCAAGACCUGUUCCUGCACGGCUCUUCAACACAGACUGCCCAAACCAUGGCUUCAAGGCAGGCAUGAAGGUGGAAGCAGUGGACCUGAUGGAGCCCCGGCUCAUCUGCGUGGCCACAGUGAAGCGUGUAGUCCACCGUCUCCUUAGCAUUCAUUUUGAUGGCUGGGACAAUGAGUAUGACCAGUGGGUGGACUGCGAGUCUCCAGACAUUUAUCCUGUGGGGUGGUGCGAGCUGACAGGCUACCAGCUUCAACCACCUGUUGUUCCAGAGCCCACAACUCCAGUGAAGGCCAAGGAGGUGCCCAAGAAGAAGAAGAAACCCUAUGGAAAGAAGAGAAAAAAGUUACCUGCCAAAACCCGCAACAUCAAGCAGACUGUCAAGAAGCCUCCUGCCACAAAGACGAAACGAGAAGCAAAAGCUGCCAGCAAAGCUUUGCCAGAGCCAGCACCUGAUGAGAUCAUUGCUGUGCAGGUAAAAGAAGAAACGAUCGACCCCUCAGUGGCAGAGUUUGGAGCCACAGAGCUUCCUGUUCCGGUCAGCAGCAUAAAGCAGGAGGUCACAGACUGAUCCCGAAGUAUCCCCCAGCUGCCCACUGCAGCCUGCGCUUCACCUCGUGGCUCUUUGCAGAAGGUCCUGGCAAAGGGAAGCAGAAGAGUAGAAGAGCCUUCCCUUUUGAGGCUGACCACCCUGCAACAUUGCAUCUCUGCUUGCCUGGUGUGCAAGAAAAUUUACCCUAGACUUGUAAUUUGAAACCCUGGGAAACAGACUCCAGAAAGGCCGCAGGCGUGCUGAGGAUCGUGACCAAGGUGGCUGCUGGGGUUGUGUGUCCUGGCUUUGAAGGCACCUUUCUGGGCAAGAGCUCCCAACAGGGAACGAGGCUGCCAAAGCACAGAGGGGCAGUUUGGGUUCAUGGCUGUGGCUGGAGGUGGUGAGCUGCAGUCUGAGAUGAUGUGUGCAGGUCACAUGUGUCAGGAAAUCAGCUGCCCCCGUAGGACACAGGCUGUGCUCGCUGGUCUAGGCCCUGCAAGUCAGGACAGGAAGAGUGGAAAGAGGUGGAAAAAAAACCAAAAAGGGAUGAUGAUGCCUCCUGAGAGAGCAAGAGACCUUUUUAAGUCAUCGUUUCUUGCUUUUGAACCUAGAAUUGCAGAGGCCAUGGUGCACAGUUAGAAUUUUUAAUUUUUUAGCAUUCCUACUGUAAAUUUGAUCUACAAUCUGUACCCUAAAGCCCUGUGAAUUAAACUUGAAUUUGAGGAAGA